AUGUCCAACGUACAGAAGUCGAGCUACUAUUCAAUCCUGCAUGUAAAUGUCGAUGCAAGUACAUCCGAGAUUGUCAAAGCGUAUCGCUCCAUGGCAUUAAAGUAUCACCCCGACAAGAAUCCUGAUGAAGAGCCAGAGAAAUUUCAAGCUAUUACCGAAGCUUACGAGGUGUUGUCGGACCCGGAAAAACGACAAUUGUACGACCAUUACGGCCCUUCUCUUAAGCCAAAAUUGAGCGAAACUUUUGCUCAAUUGACGCCACUGUUGCUGUCCUUUGCAACGGGGUUUGUGGGCUCUAGUGCCCGUAUUUACAGUCCAUCUUUGAGCAAUCGAGCUGUGUUUGGCUGGGAGGUGUGUCUCAUGGGCGUAGCAGGCAUGUUUUACUGCUACUACCCAGGCACUAAGAACAGCACGAAGCCACAGACCAAACCCAAGCAAGAUGUUGUUUCAGUGUCGGACUACGUGACUAUCACGUCCAUGGGAUUGCUGAUGGGGAACUUUAGUGGAUGGGCAGUUACAUCUGUUGUAUUGCUCUGCAAGGCGAUCAUGCUCGGAAAUUAG